UCAUGUCGGCUCGCAACGCUAUGGCAGCAAUGCUCGACGAGCUAAUGGGUCCCAAACGGAAUGUUGAACUAGGAAAAGACACAAAAGUCACAUUUGAUGAUCCUGACAUAUGCCCGUACUUCCUGGUCGGUUUCUGUCCUCACGACAUGUUCAUCAAUACAAAGGCAGAUUUGGGAGCGUGCCAGCUAGUACAUGACGAUAAUCUUCGAAGAUUGUAUCCAGAAUCUCCAGAAUAUGGACAACUUGGCUUUGAAAGACGUCUUAUGCGGUUUCUCGUUCAAUUAGAUGAAGAUAAUCAGCGAAGAAUUCGAAAGAACAAAGACAAAUUGUCCGGAAUGGAUGAUAGUGGAAAGCGAAAGUUAGAGGAAGAGAAGCGUCAGGUACAAUUGGAGAUCAAUUCGAUAGAUGAUGUCCUGAAAAAUAUGAUACGAGACGCAGAGCAAGCCGGCAGUGAGGGAAAUGUGACAAAAUGCCAGGAAAUAGUCGCGAGAAGCGAGAUGGUUGAAGCUGAAAAACGAGGUCUUGAAGAGAAACUUUCACAAAUGAACGAACCGAACCCACAAGCCAUGCCACCGAUGCUUGACGAAAUGGCAAUUAAGCCAAUGGAGGUUUGUGAAGUGUGUGGGAGCAUGCUCAUCGUGAAUGACGCUCAACAGCGUAUCGAAGAACAUUUGACUGGAAAAAUGCACACAGGUUUCCAAAAAAUCCGGACUAUGAUUCAACAGCUUAAGGAAAAGCUGAAGGAGUUUGAACAAGCCGAGGAGACUAAAAGAAAAGAGCGGAGAGAAAAACGUGCUGAAGCAGCAACAACAUCUGACACUGAGCGCCGCCGUCACCGAAGUCGUUCUCCACAUCGUUCCAGUCAUGAUUCCAGGGAUUCCAGGGAUUCCAGAGAUCGUCGAGAGCAUCGUCAUCAUGGAUAUGAUAGAGAUCGGAGACACCACAGAGAUCGAAGAUAUUAGAUUAUUUUUUUACAAAAUCGAAUUUUUUGUUAUACCUUUUUUUGAAAUUGGAAAAUUGAGAAAAGUUUCAAAAAUGUUGUUUUUCGAAGUUUCGAAAAUCGGUGAAAAAAUUUCAAAAAAUUAAGCUGAUUUUAGUGAGAAAAACAAUUAGAAAAACGAUCCAAAAUUAUUACAAUUUCGAUAUUUUUUCCUAAAAUUCAAUUUUUUCCCGAAUUUUCCUGAUAUUCUGAAAAUCGGUUUCAAAAAAUUGAAAAAGCCGAUUCAAAAUUUUUAAACAUUUUGACUUUUUUCCACAUUUUUCCGAUUUGUUUCGUUUUUAAAAAAUACCGUUUCUCUCAUUUUUAUGUACUGGUAUUUCUAUCCGUUCCCUUUACAACCCUUCUAAUUCAAUUAGUUUGUUUCUUUUUUUUCUCUCUGUAUCUGUAGAAUUAAUGACUUCUGAUUUUUCCGUCCAAGUACCUAAUUUUUCCCUUUUCUAAAAUUCUCAAAUACGAGAUUCAAUUCUUCUCUCUAAAUUAUUUUAAGUUCCACAUAAAAACUCUUGUUUUUU